AUGCUCGUCCCGCCGACCUUCCGCCCGGCGCUGAUCAUCGUCGACGUCCAGGAAGACUUCUGCCCACCCGACGGCGCGCUCGCGGUCCCCGACGGCCGCGCCAUCGUCCCGACCCUCCUCCGCCUCGCCGCGCUCCCGGGCUUCGCGCUCAAGGUCGCGACCAGAGACCACCACCCGCCCUCGCACGUCUCCUUCGCCGCGAACCACCCCGGGCGCACGCCCUUCGCGUCCACCACGACCGUCGUGAACCCCGCGAACCCCGCGGAGCGCUACGAGACGCGGCUGUGGCCCGUGCACUGCGUGCAGGGCACGCCGGGCAGCGAGCUCGUGCCCGAGCUGCGCGCGGCGGAGGCCGAGGGCCGGCUCGACGCCGUCGUGUGCAAGGGCACGGAGCCGCGCGUGGAGAUGUACUCGGCGUUCCGCUCGCCGCUCCGCGCGCCGCCGCUCGCGAGCGCGGUGAGCGACCUGGAGGCGCGGCUGCGGCGGGCCGACGUCACCGACGUGUUCGUCGUCGGGCUCGCGGGGGACUACUGCGUGGCGAGCACCGCGCGGGACGCGCGCGAGCUCGGCUGGCGCACGUACGUCGUCCAGGAGGGCACGCGGUGCGUCGGGGGCGACGACGGGUGGGCGGACACGUGCAAGGUGCUCGUCGCAGAAGGCGUCCAGGUCGUCUCCGAGGACGGAGAGGAAGUGGGAUGGGUCAAAGCGCUCGGGGGAGAGAGUUGA